AUGACGCGGCCCGUCUGGGCGCUGCUCGUCGGCACGGAGCGCUUCCGGCGGACGCGCGUCGCCGUCGCGAGCCGCUGCGACGAGCCCGCGUGGGCGCGCGAGCUCCUCAAGAUGUUCGAGGCCGAGCCCGGCGUGAGCUUCUGGGACGCCUGCGACGGCGGCGAGCUCUGCGAGAUCUACAAGGGCAGCAAGAAGGACCACUUCCGCGCGCUGCAGAAGAAGACGAACGUCGCGUUCGACGACAUGCUCUUCUUCGACGACGAC